AUGUUGGACUACAUUCAGUUCGAUCAGGAAAUCCUCUUGGAGGCCGGCGCUCAACUCCAUCGCCUCAAAAUGUUUCCCUAUUUCGAUAUUGCGCACUAUAUCUUGAUGAUCAUCGAGGUACGCGACGAUUUGGGUGGCUCGGCGAGCAUUUUCUCGAGAAAACAUCCGCUAUCGUGCUGGUUGUCAAGUAUGUUGAUGUGUUUUGCUGAUCAAUUUCUGGCGAAUUUCCUUCUCGGUGAACCGGUUGUUGCUCCUUUCAAGCGACACGACGAUAUCAUUCUUGCCUCAAUUGUUUGGUAUUUCGUCUUCUACGCGCCAUUUGAUGCCGUCUACAAGUUGUCGAAGGUACUUCCAAUUAAAUGCGUGCUAGCCGUGCUGAAAGAAGUCAAACGGGCACACAAGGUAUCACACGGAGUUUCGCACGCUGCAAAACUCUACCCGAACUCGUGGCUUGUACAGGUGAUGGUCGGUACAGCAAAAGGAGCCGGUAGUGGAGUUCUGAGGACACUUGAACAGUUGAUAAGAGGCGUCUGGUUGCCCAAUCACAACGAAGUGCUCCGGCCGGCUUUCGUCACAAAGGCCUCCCUUGUGGCAUCAGUGAUUUUCUCUCUAGAAAAGAACAGCGUUUAUAUCUCCGCUCCACACGAUCUCGUUUAUUUGUGCAUUGUCGGUUUCUUUAUUUACUUCAAAUUGUCGUCGGUGAUCUUGCAUGUAAACGAUCCGUUCGCCCCGUUUGAGAAUCUUUUCUGCGCGAUUUUCAUGGGUGGUAUUUGGGAUGCGUUGAGCAGAGCGCUCGCCGCAGCGAAAGAGCGCCGAGCCGCACAAAAAGAGCAAAAUGGGACAAUCGCUGCCGAGUCGAAAAAGGAUCAG